AGAUUAAAGUAGACUAGGAAGUAAAUAAAACACACACUACAACCUUGAAAAUUUGUCAACGUAUUACGACGAUAUCCGAUGUGAUAACAAACUAAUUAUGAUAAAAAACGCGCAAAAACUGGACAUCCUAGCGAAGGGUAGGAAAGUGUAUGUUGUUACGAAAGAAAAUAGUUUGUAAUUUAGAUAUACAAUGAGAUUCUGACAAUGGGAGAUAUAAAUGUUAUUGUAAACCAAACCGCGAACCAGACAUUUGCUCUACAUAUGUACCACGCUAUCAUCUCGGGAACCAGCAGUGGCUUAUCGAUUCUUGGUGCGAUUAUAAUAUUUGUGACAUAUUUUACUAUUAAAGAAAUACAAAACUUUACAAGACAACUUUUACUAUAUUUAACCAUGGCAGAUAUUCUUACCGCCGUCGGGCAUCUAAUUGCCGUCGGCAGAUAUGUUUCGGAAAACUUUUGCGAAAACUCAACAAGUAAGGCUGUGUAUUGUGGUGUGAACGAUAAUGCCACGUAUGACAUACUUUCAGUGUGUGUUAUACAAAGUUUCCUGACCACUUAUUCCAACUUGGUGUCUUUCUUUUGGAUUGCGAUGAUAGCUGUCCAUUUAUGGUCUUCGGUUGUACUUAAAACCUGGAGGACUGAAAUGCUACAGACACAAGUAGUGUACCACGUGAUCUGCUGGAUUGUACCAUUUUCUAUUGUCUAUGCUUUACUGAUAGAGAGCAAGCUUGGAGAGGACUACUGUUACGGUACAGGGAUAUGGUGUGGUAUCAGAGCCGUCUCACAAGGCGAGAAGCAGUGGUUACAGUAUGUAACAGAUGUUGCCUGGCAGAUAACCUGUUAUCUCAUCGUAUCUGUAUUGUACAUUCACUUGAAAUUUUACCUGAAACUUUACUACCACGGACAAAGACUUGCUAUGGUGGCCGGUCGAUUGCGAAAUGAAGAUGAAAAUUUCCUCUUCAUCUGGAUAGUCAUCUAUCUACUCAAACUAUGGGGACUUACCAGGUUCUUUAUCAUGACAUACUUACCGCCAGACAAGCUGUACAACAGUCAAACCAUGAAAACCUUUCUAGAGUUUCUGCUGAUCAUGCAGAGUUAUGGAGCCGGUGGACAGGGGUUUUGGAACUGUGUUUUCUUUUGUUUUUUGGACAAAACUGUUUGGAAAAAUAUGAUGUUGUACAUAACGCGUGACAAUAGUGAAGAAAGAGAGAAUAUUUUAUCAAACAAUUCUACACGAGAAAACCGGGAUAUUUCUGAGAGAAUAUAAAGUAGCCGAUUGAGUAUCAAUUUGCAAUAUCAAGAUUGCUUUCUUCAAAGAAGGAAAGUAAAUAGCAUGAAGAACGCUAAAACGAUGAAAUUCGGCCUUAUUCUAAACCGAUAUUAUGUCAAAAAAAUAUAUGCAGUAAAUGUGUUUGUUUAUUUUGUUGAGGUUAACGCCGCUUUUUGAAACAGUUAUACAUGUAUAUGUUGACCGUUACCAGGUUACCUAAACAUUACAAUUUUUAGAAUCCUUGACAAACUUGUUCUCGACAAAUAACUGACAACUUUUAAUACGAAUAAGAAGUGAGGACGAAAUAACCUUUGACAUUUGAUGUGCGAAGCAGAAGUCUAUAAGAAAAUGUUUCGGGAAAUUUAAGUUGACACGUAACAUGUAUACAACGACUAAUAUACUUUUUCAUGAAGCUGAACUUAUUUGUUCUCCGAAAGAAAUCCUGGGUUUAUAAAUAUUGACAGUUGAGCUGUCACUGCAGCGGACCACACAUACUUUCAACUUUCUCUUAAAUGCAGAAUAUGUUCUGUUCCCAUGUGUUUUAAAAAAUACAGAAGCACAAAUGGUAUAUUCUAAUAAGAAUUUACGGAACAAGUCUCUGUAUUCAAGGAAAAAGAUGUAUAAAUGUUUGAAAAUACGGAACCAUUUUAUAAUCAUCGAAAUAGCGACUCGCAAAGUAUUGGCUAAACUUUAUACUUGUAACAUCAAAUGAGUUUUCAAGACUUAAGUUUCUACGAAGCUAAAUGCAUGGCUCUAUUGAACCUCAUUUGCAUAUCAUCAAAGGACAUUAGCUUAAUGGGAUAAUUUGGAGAAAGAAGUAAUCGCCCUCUAGGAAUUGCAUCCUCGUUAAGAUCGUCUUUGCAUUAUCCGUUUGAUCACAUAUUGCACGAAGUUUUCCCGACAACGACCAGAGCUAAUUACGGAAUUUAGAUCAAGAAAUAUAAAUUACUCCUUUUUUGAAAAGGAGUAGGUUGACGCUUUUCUGUUUUUCCCUGAUUCGAUUUAUAUUUGGAAAUAGAGUCCUGAUUUAAGCGGACCUAUUUUAUGUUACCCGCACCGAACAAUUUUACACAGUUCGUUUAAACUACAUUGUGUAAUUUGUUUUGCUCGAUUGUGAUGAAAGUUUGAAGAAUAUUUGAAUCAUU